GCGCUUCCCCCCGCCCAGCUAAUUUAUCCCGACAAAAGGCAAGCGCCGCUCAUUUUUGUGCCAAAUAAAACCUUUCUUUUCCCCGCGGAGACACAUUCAAAUGUUGUUAUUUCUGGCUUUGUUUCCCCGCUAGACCAUGAGCAAGGACUCCCAGAUGAGGGCUGCGAUUAACCAGAAGCUGAUAGAAAUGGGGGAACGGGAGCGGUUGAAAGAGCUGCUCAGGGCCAAGCUGGUGGAGUGUGGGUGGAAGGAUCAACUGAAAGCUCACUGCAAAGACGUGAUCCGAGAGAAGGGCCUGGAGCAUGUCACCGUGGAGGACCUGGUCACCGAAAUCACACCCAAAGGACGAGCGCUGGUGCCCGACAGUGUGAAGAAAGAGCUCCUGCAGAGAAUCCGAGCGUUCCUGGCUCAACAUGCCGCCUUGUGAAUGAACAUCGCCACCGCCGCUGUGCUGUGCAGACUUUUUUUUCCUUUUUAAGCCCCGCCCCCGUAGAUAGAUCCGUAAGUAAAACCCCCCGACUGAUGUUCACAAGUGUUUUUAAUAUUUGUACGGCUCGAUUCCGGUGUGACAAUGCAGCAUUUUUCUUUCUUUUGGACAAAAACAAAUAAAAGUCAGGCCUAUUUUGGUAA